AUGUCUGUGGUACUCAAUGGUUGCCUCUUUACAUUUGGAGCCGGGCUGAGCAACUCGACAAUUAUUGAAGCCAGCUUUUCUAUCGAUACAAACUCCACCGCUGCUCAGAAUACAACGACGAGUGGCUCUGCAGCGACCAGAAGCACAACUAUUACACCUGCUACAACGACUAGCAUCCCCACAGUAAGAAGUUCCCUCUUUACGUUUGACACCAGGCCAAGCGACUCGACAACUACUGAAGCCAGCACUUCCAUCCAUACAAACUCCACUGCUGCUCCAAACAUCUCAACAAGCAGCUCUGCAGCAACUAGCAGCAGAAGCACAACCACCACAACUAUUGCUACAACAACCAACAUCCCUCCAGUUAAAAAGUUUGUGGCAGCAGCUGUUCGGUCUCAUUUCGAUGACUGUCCAGACUCCCAUAGUCAUUUCUGCUUCCACGGCACAUGUCGCUUCCUGAUAUUAGAGGAGACGCCUGCAUGUGUGUGUCAUGCCGGCUUUGUUGGGAUGAGGUGUGAGCAUGCAGACCUGCUUGCUGUAGUAGCGACCAAUCACAGACCGCAGACCGUUGCCACAGUGUUAGUGUUGUGUGUAAUUGGGAGUGUUCUCAUCAUGGUGUUGUGUACACUUUUACAUUGCUGGUGGAGACAGGACUGUCGCAGACGGAGCCACGCACAUCACUACAUCCCAGAGAAGCACGGAGCAUCCUGCCAUCCUUCUGAGAGCGUGGUUUGAGAAGACAUCUUGCUGGAACACGAGCUGUUUGCAUCAUGGCAUGCUAAGUUUUCCUCAUCCGUCCGGCUCACAGAUCCUCAGGAUUUCAUCCAAAGUGGUAUUCACAUAUUCUGCUCAAACAGACCUGGCCAGAGGCGAAGAAGCAUUAUCGCCAGAGUGGCUAAGGUAGGCCAGCCCGAUGUGGGAAUGUUUGACAUUUUUUCCCCAUUGAACGGGACUUUUGCAGGAGCAUGUUUACUUCAGUCUUUGAUUUUGUGGAAAUACACGCACAAACAAUUUGUUUGAAGCGCUGAGGAUGAAGCUGCUGCCAAAUCCUACAUGGUAGGAGCUCCGUGUGUCCUGAUUACUGUUUAUGGCUGGCCCUAGAGGGUGUGUCAAGCAAUCCACGAGGCCAUUAAUCAUCCUGUGUGGAUGUCGAGAAGGAAAGAUGUUUAUUUUGGGCUGUGGGACAACAAUAAUUCAUUUAAGUCAGAAGACCCCAAUUCUUAUUUUUGUCUUUUAAUGACUUUGAGCACUUUUCAUCAGAACUCUACGAGCACAGAGGACGUUUUUAAGAAAUGAUGGUGGGGGAAAACUGAUGCUUUAAAAAAGUUUUAGUGUCUGUUUUUAAAGAAGGAACUCACGCCACCUGACAGGAGUAGGAAUUGAUGAACGGACUGACUGCUAAUGGAUUAAAAACCCUGGACUUCAAUCAGUAUUUACACACACAAAACUUAAAAGUUUUUCUAAUAUGGUUUUGAUAGUUUGCUGACUCCAGUAAGGCUGAAAUAUUUGUCAGUUUUAUUUUUUAUUCCUGAGCUGUACUUGAACGUGUUUGUGCGUCAGAGGUGUUUUAUUUGCAGGCUAUAGCUAAACCGACACUUCCUUGAUGGCCACAUUAUUCCACAGUCCUGUUGUGUGGUUGCACUUAUUCUGCAAGCUUGCUCACUGUUCAUAAAAAAACCCUGCACUUAUUGUACAAUUUAGUCACUUGAAACCACAUAGUGAGAGAUGCCAAAUACACUUUCUAACUUUGCCUGAAUGAGCACUGAAGGGAACACAGUUUUUACACAUCCACCUAAGCAUGCAUGCUCUUAAAUCACAGCUUGUACUUUAAAAAAACACAGAACACCUUUUUAUUUUAAGAGUGGUAUGUCAUAGCUUGCACCUGCUUUGGAUUUAAAUACUUUUAAAGAGAGAAAGCGCCUCUGAAGAUUAAUUA